AUGAGAGCUGCACGAGAACGCCUUGGGCUCUCCUUGCAGGUCUCCACCAAUGACUCGUCGCGUGAAGGGGGGAAGGUGGAGCACCAACGCCGUAUCAAGGCGACCUCCGAAGGAGAGGUGAUAAGAAGAUACAAGAUUGGUGGGAUUGUUAUGGACUCCACAAACCGCGGCAUGGAGGUUAGAUGGGCGACACGCCUUGCCGAUGGUCACGAGUGUGUGGUAAAGACGCGGCAGAAGGGGAUUUCUUUCAAAAGCGCAACUGAAGAGCGAAACUGGCGCAGCACCACAGAAGUCCAGAUGUCCAUGCCGAAGAUUGACAAACUCUGCGAGAUCUACGAGGUGCUUGAAACUCCAGAGAGGUACCUGAUCUUUAUGGAAAAAGUGCAAGGCAAGGACUUGUUCGAGCAGAUGGACGAGGGGCACCUGAGCCACAUCGAUGCCAGGGAAGUGGUGAGGCAAACCUUGGAUGCAUUGAGGGUGUUGCAUGCCAGUGGACGAAUUCACAAAGACCUCAAGGCGGAGAAUGUCAUGGUGGACAUCCCCAGUCCUGGAACAAAGCAAGCGAAGGCGAAUAUGAUGGAGAGGCUAAAGGACGGCGGCGAUGCGCAGAGCCCGGCCAGCGUCAAGAUCAUCGACUUUGAUACUGUUGAGAACUGGGAGCCUAGCAGUCCAAAAGCAAAAGAUGUGCUGGGCACCGAUGGGUACAUUGCCCCGGAGGCGUACUUGGGCAAUUAUUCUCCCGCUUCUGACAUCUAUUCAAUUGGUGUGGUCAUGUACAAGCUUUUGACCGGCAGAUUUCCCAGCCGCGAGGCCAUUUUCGAUGAUGGGCCUGGUGAGAACUGGGUCGGCAGCCCGGCUAUGAAAAGGAUUCAUGAACGCCUGAAGACGGAGAGGAUAGACUUUACCAGGCCACCCAUGGACAAGUGCACGGAAGCUGCGGAGUUGUGUGCAAGAAUGUUGACCUUCGAGCCCAUGGAUCGCCCAUCUGCCGACGAAGCCUUGCAACAUGCUUGGUUCAUGAUUGAGAGCAGCAAGCUCCCGUCGAGGAGGUAG